AUGAAGAUCAUCACCGUCAGAAAAAGCCUUCUGAACUCCUACGAAAAAAUUACAAAGCUACAUGACGAAUGGACAAUCCUACAGCAAUCUGUAGCAACUGAGACUACCAAUUUUGACGAAUAUAUUGCUAAAUAUGGCGACUACCGUGAAUCAAUAACUGCUGCAGUGAACCAACUCGAACAACUCGACUACCUGAUGAACGCACUCGACCAUGAAUACUCCAAAAGAAAUCUCCACAUUCCGUCAGACUCCUCCGACACCGCUUCCCACGACGACAACGAAAGACACUGGAAUCCCACUUCUGCCUCUGUACACCAAUCUGGCAUGAUCCCAUUUUCAUCUGCACUUCACCCCGACCCCACGCUUCUCAAUUUCGUCGACGCCUCCAUUCUGUCCAAGUUGGAGCUUCCUACAUUCGAUGGCAAUCUUCUCGACUACCCGGAAUUCUGGGCACGUUUUGCUACCUUAGUGGACAACAAGUCACAACUAGACGAUACUACGAAAUUCUCGCUGCUAAAGUCCUGCUUGCGCGGUCGCGCUCUUCAGUCUGUUCAAGGAUUAUCACUGACAUCUGCGAACUACAGAAUAGCUGUCGACAUCCUCAAAACCCACUACGAUGACAAGGUCACUAUGAGGCAUAUACUUUUCACCAAGCUGGCUCAGCUUCCAGCAUGCGAUCCUGAAGGUCGUCAUCUUCCUACUCUCUAUAAUCGGAUGUUUUCUCUUGUUCGUCAGUUCUGCAACGGCUACGACGACUCCAAAGAAACUGCUCUCGGUGCACUUCUUCUCAACAAGCUACCACUACGCGUACGCAGUCAGAUCUACGACAGAACUUCGAAUAGCCACAACGUUACUCCCAGCGAGCUACUUCACCUUCUCACGGACAUCGUCAGAAAAGAUUCCACACUAUUCGAAAUUGAAUACCACACACGACGAAGCGCUGAUACCAAGCAUAUCGACUACGGUUUCCACACCAAUGCUCGUACUCUGCGUCCAACUUCGAAUUCCGCCACUACACGCUCCACGGAAGAAGGACAUACUCCGAAGAAACCAACGAAAAGCUGUCCGUACUGCAAUUCUACUCUCCACAACGCUAUGAAGUGCAAUAUUUUCACCUCGAUCAAACAACGGAGUGCUCAAGCAAAGGUUCUUCGCCUAUGUUUCAAUUGCCUUUCUUCAAUACAUCCCUCCAAAGAAUGUCCGUCAAAAUAUUCCUGCCGAUACUGCUCAAAAAGGCAUCAUUCCUCACUAUGUCGUCAGUCCGAUCCGCGACUCCCAUUCCGAGCUCUCCAACCACACUUUACUUCAGCGACAACAAAUAACCAGGAAAAAAGUGUUCCUAAACGUCUUCGUCCACCAAAACCGCUCUCUCAUACGGUCAACGUCGCAAACUCACCUUCACCUCCGGAAGCCGUUCCAGUUUCCGAUACUCCUGAAUCAGCGUUACAACAAGAAGCAAAUCCAGGAAUCGCCACCUACUCAUCAAGUCAAUCACUGGCAACAGCUUCUCCAACGUCCCAAGCUGCACUGAUGUGUACACAAGUGAGUCUUUUCAACCCACUCGACUCCUCAAAAAGGAUCACCGUUACAGCCUUCCUCGACUCAGGUUCAAGUAAAUCUUACAUCACAGACGAAGCAGCAAAUCGCCUCAAUCUGCCAGCCAUUGCAGUGGAAGAUACCACGAUAUCCACCUUCGGAUCAACAAACUUACUCAAGCUUAGAUGCACGAAACACAAGGUCGGAUUAUUCACAACAAAAGGAACGAAGCACCUUCAAGUGAAGUCAGUUCCCACUCUCACAGGAGAUCUUUUGCAAAUUCAAUUCAAUCGAGAGAUUCCUUUUGAAAGCUUCACUUUCACCAAUUGCAAGCCGUCCAUUCUUAUCGGGAACGAUUAUUUUUGGGACAUAGUCCUCUCUGAAGAUUUCUUUUACCGUAUGCUUCCUAAUGGGUAUCGCCUUCUCCAUACGACUAUCGGUGACGUCAUCAUAAAUGAGAAUCUCGACGUUGCGCAUGCAGACGUUUACACAUCUGUCAUUUCGAACGAAAACCUGGAUAAUCCGCGCAAUCAUGACGAACUCGCCGAACUCGUCAACAACUUCUGGAAACUUGAAACGGUCGGGAUAACUGACGAUCCAACCAAGAACGACGAUGACGACUGCCUCAAUUAUUUUAACGACACCAUCUUCUACGACGAGCACCAAAAGCGAUACGUCGUCAAGCUGCCAUUCAAAGCCGAUCCUUCACAGCUACCGAACAAUUUUUCUCUCGCGUUCUCAAGACUCCGCUCUCAAAUAAAGUCCCUCCAACAAAGGCCAGACUAUAUGGAAAAGUAUCAUGCUGUGAUCGCGAACCAAGUGCAACAAGGAAUAAUUGAGGAAGUCCCACCUGAAGAUCUCUCAAAACCAUCGCACUACCUUUCUCAUCAUGGAGUAGUAAAGAGAGACGGAAAGGACAUCAAAAUCCGAUGCGUGUAUGAUGGCGUGAAUACCGUUGAAGAAGGUCGAGAAUUCUACAAGCAGUCCAAAGAGCUGUUUCAAUCGGCAGGUAUGAAUCUACGUGCAUACUCAAGCAAUUCAAAAGAGCUCAACGAACACUUCGAAAUCAACGAAGGAUGCAAAGUCUCAGAAGUUCAGAAACUGCUCGGUCUCCAAUGGGAUAUUAAACGUGAUACACUCUUCAUUCGGUUGCCCUCCCAACCGACAAGUGAUGUUAAGUGGACCAAACGUAAAGUGCUGAAACACGUCGCUAGCGUUUACGACCCACUAGGACUGCUUUCGCCGACGAUUCUCCUUGGAAAAAUUUUCCUACAAUCGCUCUGGAAGAUGGAACUUCCUUGGGACCAGCUACUUCCACCAGAAUGUAGCACUAACUGGGAGCGCAUAAGCUCUUCAUGGAAUCCUCCAGGAUUAUGCAUUCCUCGACGAAUAUUCAAUAUGGAUCAAAAUUCAAAAGUCGAAUAUGACCUUCAUAUCUUCACCGAUGCUUCAGCCACCGCCUACUGCGCUGCAGCUUAUCUCGUGCAACGAUGCAAUGAUGUCGUAUCAGCAACAUCUCUCCUAAUGUCCAAAUCCAGACUCACACCUCUACAUCACGCCAUUACCAUCCCACGGCUCGAGCUAGCCGCCGUGAUGAUCGGUUCGAAGCUUCUCACCUACAUCGUACAACAUCUGGAUGUUCGCGUUAGUCGAAAAUUCCUGUGGACUGACAGCAGCGUAGCUUUGACAUGGAUCAGAUGUAACAAGGACCUUCCGAUUUUCGUCAAAAACCGUGUUAAAGUUAUCUUACAAAACACGGUUGACGUCACCGUCAGGCACAUUCCUGGAAACGUCAAUCCUGCAGACAUCGGUAGCCGCGGUGCAACACUUCAAGAACUGCUUGAGUCGACAUCAUGGUGGAAAGGACCAAGUUUCUUGACAAACGAUGAGGCUAGUUGGCCCAGUGACGUGUUCAAUUCUUCUGAAAAUCCUCCAGCUCCUACCUAUGGAAACAUACCAAGUGUUGCGAAUGAUGAAUCACCAACAAAGUCGACUGAAUGCUGCUUCACCACUGCAAGUGAAUGGACUUCACCUGUUCUGGACGCAUCAAGGUUCAGUUCUUGGAAAAAGAUGGUGAACACGAUGGUAUACGUCCUGCUCUUCAUCGCGAAAAAGUCCCGAAAAGCUCGCAAAUAUGUUGGCAAUUUCAAGGCGACUCACUUAUGGAAAGCAGAAAUCAUACUGUUCCGGUUUGCACAGGCAGAAAGUCCUCCUUCUGAAGAACACAAGAAGCAAUUGAAACUAUUCUUGUGUCCGACAACGUUUCUUUGGAAAAGUAAAGGAAGGAUCGAUCACGCCACAUUACCGCAGGAUGCAAUUACACCAAUCUUCCUUCCUCGCCGAUGCUGCCUCACUGAUCUCUUCGUGCUCCACGUUCAUCAAACUAACAACCACUGUGGCGUCAAUCAUACCCUCACUAUCCUUCGACAAAGUGUGUGGAUUCCGAAAGGGAGAGCUGCAGUGAAAAGAGUACUCUACAACAACUGUUUCCAGUGCAAGAGAAACCUCGCGAAACCGUAUUCCCUGCCGCCCUUCCCCUGCCAUCCUCAAAGAAGAGUGAAUCCCCCGCAGUACCCGUUCGAAAACGUCGGUAUGGAUUUUUUUGGUCCUCUGCAAUAUCGCACCAAGGAGAACACCGCCGACAAAUACUGGAUGAUAUUGCUCACAUGCCUCAACAGUCGUGCCAUCUAUGUCGACGUCAUCUUAGACAUGACCGCUUCAACUGUUCUUCAUAGCUUGCGCAGAUUUAUAGCAACCUUCGGCUGUCCAACUUGGAUUAUCUGUGACAAUGCUCAGUCGUUCAAAACCGUCGAUCAAUGCUAUGCUUCAAUUCCGGAUCCACCCAUCGAUGAGGACAUAGUCGACUUCUGCGCCACCAGACGAAUACAAAUGAAGUUCAUCCCCAGCCUAAGUCCUUGGCAGGGUGGAAUCUAUGAAAAGAUGAUUGAUAUUUUCAAACGAUCGUUCAAAAAUGCGACUUCUAAUCGUCUCCUCGAACUUGAAGACAUCCGGACCAUUGCGAAGGAAGCAGAAGCAAUUGUCAAUACCAGACCCUUAACGUACUACACUGAUGACAUCAGCUUCUUUCCCCUACGCCCAAUCGACUUCGUACGACCCCAUGCUCGGCUCAAUGGUCCACAACCUUUGGAAGAUGACGACGAAUGGAUGCCACUAGAAACUACACGAGAUACGCUACUACGAGAAUGGAGUCGUACCUCACAGCUAGUCACCAGUUUCUGGAGAAGAUGGACUCAAGAAUACCUAUCGUCGCUCCGCGAAAGUUUCAAAUUCGAUCACAAAAGGCCUCGAUCACACGAAGAGAAUGCACCCAAAAAAGGAGAUUACGUCAUCAUACACGAUUCUUCUUUACAUCGUGGACAAUGGAAAAUGGGGGAAGUCAUCGGAUCCCAGGACGAUUUCAAGAGAUCCGUCGAAAUUCGUCUCCCGUCAAAGAAAGUCAUUACUCGUCCAAACAACUUGGUUCACAAAUUGGAGCUUCAUCCUCCUGAAACGAGAAAUCAACAGCCAUCUCCGACUAACACGACAAGACCGCAGCCUGAUCAAGAUUCGAUGCAAUCACAGCGACACCCAAUGAUAACAAGAUCCAAAGCCAGGUUCUUACCAAAUGCACUUCUACUGUGUUUUGUUCUCACACUCCACAUGGUUUCAUCGCUGAAUACCCGCUGCCCAGAAGAAGGCGCAAACAUCAACAAGACGGUCAUAUACGCAACGAACUGCGUUUCAAAGGGCAUCGCAAUCGCAAGGUACGAACAACUGAAUAAGUAUGCCAUAUGCUGGUUUCCCGUUUCCUGCCCUAUGGGACACGUACGUUUCGAUAUUUCGGCAGCACAAACAACCUUAUGUGGUGACGAGUGUAAAUGUCCGCAAUGGACAAACUCCUGUUCCUUCAGCCGCGGAUCAAGAACAACCUACUCGGAACUGAAAAAUAUUCCACAACAUCUUCGCGAUUAUCGUCCCGACUACGUCUGUUCGUUCAACUUGACGUCUACAUGUGACACCACGAAAAGAAUCGGGAUUUUCAACCAAAUACAGCUUUACGACAACAGCUUCCUCAUAGUCAAAGAUCUAAACGUAAGAAUCAAGGAUUAUAUAGAUAAGAACGAUUUCGUAUGCGUAGACAGAAAAGGAUGGAUAAGAAGGCCAAACAGACGUGUCUCAGGAACGUCGCGUUUUUGUGAGCAACACGAAUGCCAUCCAAAUGCUCGCCUUUUUUGCACCUACGACAACCCCCUCGCCCUUCUAGUCAUCGAUGAAUCAGGUCAAGAGGACGAUUAUCGAUCCAUACCAAUCAAAGCAUGGGGUACAGUAAUGAAACCGUACCAUGAUUACCCAAGAACGCCAACAGCGGAACCAAAGGAAAAGAUCACUCUACAAAUUCGUGAUGCAACCUCGACGUUUUCAGAAAGUGAACAAACAAUGACGCUAUCAAUGAAAUGCAUCAAAGGUGGUCUCUUGCUAUCGACUCAAGAAGCUUUCGAUGUAAUUGAAGCUUGCGUUAACGACUACUGCGUGUAUGCUAAGAAGCUAACGAAGGAAGCCAUAAUCUUCCCAAAUUCUCUCAUCAUGUACGAUUAUACCGUUUCAAUCAAAGCCUACGAAAACGAUAAACUCAGGCACAACGGACAUGUAUCCUGCAAAGCUCACCCAAUUUGUGAGACACUCAGAUGUACUUUCUGUUGGAAACGAAUCUACAACUCACAAUGUUGGACUCUCCUGGAAACCAUGUUCUUCAUAACUUUGCCACUACUCUCCGUCAUACUGAUACCAUGGCUUUGCUACAUCACCAAGAUCAUUGGACUUCUGCUCCACAUCAUAAAAUUCCUAGUGUGCGGAACUGUCGCAAUUUGCAAACUCCACCGAAAAUCGCCGAACCUACGAAGAUACACCUCUCGUCGACGAAAACUCAGGACUCGCAAGUCCAGUUUUUUGCCUUGCGUUAUUUCAGUCCUUUCACUUCUUCACCUAUCCAAAGGAUGCUCACAAGUCGUCUCUAUGAAUGCUCACGAAGAGAUCUGUAUCAUAUCGAAUGAUAUCGAAACUUGCACUUUCAACGAAGCAAUGGUCGUCACGCUACAGCCCCUGCAACAGGAAACCUGCAUCGCUCUGAAAGAUCAUGAAAGCCAACCUAUCGGCGUAAUCUCAGUGAAAAUCAACGGUAUUCUGUUCCAGUGCAGAAGAAAUGUGGAAUUUUUCACACGAGAUCAUCAACUUGUAUCCGAAUCUGUGCACAGAUGCUACUCGGCAGGAACAUGCGAUAGAAGUACGUGUGAGAAUAUGUCACCAACCGAGAAAAGCAAAGAAUUUUCAUUCGAGGCGAAUAAUAACCCUGGAUACACUUUUUGCACACCAAGCUGCGGAUGUCUAACAUGCGACGGCUGCUUUCUGUGCGAAAAAAGUUGCCUCUUUUAUAGAGUAUAUGCAGUUCCGACCACUUCGACGAUCUAUACAAUAUUUACAUGCCCAAGCUGGGAAAUUGUUGUCACAUUGGAAGCAACGCUCCGGCAAAAAGAUUCGACCGUAUCAACUACAAUUCAACUUCACCCAGGUCAAAUUUCCGCUUGGAACAAUCUCAAGUUCAGUCUCAUAGGGACAGUCGUCCCCCAACUACCAAUAUUGUCGUCGACAUUCGCGGAAACCGACUACUCCAUCUCAGUGAUCAAGCCUGCUCAUCGAGGACAACUUUCACCUCACAGUGCGGGACAGCUUCAAGUGUUCAACGAAGGAACACGCCGACACGUUAACUGCUCGUUCGCAAUCAACGCCUGUCAGUGCACUCAUGGACUAUAUAAAGCCUCCUGUUCAUGUAGCUCCGGCAGCGUAGCAGACUUGAUGCAACCGUCGCCUUUGCCACUGGUUUCGAAAAACUUUAAGAUCUUUUCAGAAAUGAUAAGUGAAAGAGCGGAACUAACUCUCUACUGUCAAUCGAGCGGAACUGAAACAACCGCUAAUAUCGAGUGCCCUUCUCAAACACAAAUGGCGCUUUGCACUUCAUCGGGAUACCUCAACAUUCUCAAAUUCCACUUCGACACUUCAUCUGUCUCCAUGAUUUGCAAUGCUUCCUGUCCCGGAGGAACUGUUUCCUUGGCAGUGAAGGGAGUACUUCUCUACGUUGACGACGACCUCAUCAGAGACAACUUGCAAUCGGAGGCAAAGACAAGAGAUCUUCCAAGAGAUACCACAUUUUUGAGUCAAAUACCCAACAAGUUCAAAGAAUUUGUCGGUAAGAAUUCCAGAUCUGCUUCCAAUUAA